AUGUCGAUAAUUCUCAAGGGCGCCGGUGAUGCCGAAUUGCCUCUGGGGAGACGUCCAUCCCAUGGCAGUCUCAAGAACUCCAUCAUCAUCAAGGGCCCCCCUAAAGAAGAGGAAAUUCAUGAUCCACUCGCUGGCGCUGCUUUGACGAGGGAUGACAGCAUCGGGCGUGAUGGCGAAACUUUCGAUGAUGUUCCCCCGGAAAAGCGAACAAUUGGCCUAUGGUCUGCUGUAUUUCUGAUUUUUAACCGCAUUAUCGGUACCGGCAUCUUCGCGACACCAUCGACUAUCCUUUCGAGUUCCGGGUCGGUUGGUCUGGCAUUGUUCAUGUGGGUGAUUGGCGGCAUCAUCGCCGCCUCAGGUCUCGCCGUCUACGUCGAAUUCGGCACUGGCCUACCACGAUCAGGAGGAGAGCUUACGUAUCUAAGUUACAUUUAUCAAAAGCCAAGAUACCUCGCCGUUGCCUUGUAUGCAGCUUAUGCGGCCUCAAUGCCUUGGCCAGCAGGGAACUCGGUUGUUUUCGGACAAUAUAUUCUCCUUGCUGCUGGAAAGGACGUCACCCGGUGGAACCAGCGCGGCAUUGGGAUCGCCUGUGUUUCGUUUGCUCUCAUUCUCCACAGCUGUUUCCUUAAAUGGGGUCUUCGUCUCCAAAACGCCUUAGGCAUCUUCAAGAUCGUCAUCUUGCUUUUGAUCACGUUCUCGGGGUUCGCUGCUCUUGCAGGCCAUAUCAAACUGCCAGAGAAUGAAAAGCCCCAUAAUUUCAGGAAUGCUUUCGACGGUACUGAGAGCAACGCAAACGCGUUUGUCACCGGUCUUUAUAACGUUAUUUGGUCGUUUAUAGGCUACUCGAACGUGAAUUAUGCGUUAUCCGAAGUCAAGAAUCCUGUUCGAACCCUAAAGAUUGCUGGGCCCCUUGCCAUAGCAUCCGUCUCGGUCGUGUACAUCCUGGUCAACGUUGCCUAUUUUGCUGCCGUUGCCAAAGAGGAUAUCCUCACGUCAGGUCAGACAGUCGCUGCUCUUUACUUCCGUAACAUGUUCGGAACAAAAGCAGAGAAAGCAUUGAAUGUGUUUGUUGCCUUGAGCGCGCUUGGGAACGUCAUGGCCGUUUUAUUCAGUCAAGGACGAAUCAAUCAGGAACUCGGCCGAAUUGCAGUUCUCCCCUUUUCUAAAUUUUGGGCAUCCAACAAACCCUUUAACGCACCCGCAACUGGUCUCGCUCUACAAUGGCUGGUCACUGUGAUCAUCAUAUUGGCACCUCCGCCAGGUGAUGCCUAUAAUCUCGUGCUUAACAUGGUGUCGUAUCCAUUAGCUAUAAUCAAUGCCUUCAUCAGUGGUGGUCUACUCUUCCUCUACAGUGCCUGGGGAGGCGACUGGCGACCACCGUUCCGUGCGACAUGGCCCGUGGUGCUAUUUUUCUUCCUCUCCAACCUCUUCCUCACAUUUGCACCCCUCGUGCCUCCUGCGCCGGGCCAAAGCGUAUAUAAAAGCCUACCGUACUGGCUGCAUGUGGUUAUUUCGGUUGGCGUGUUCGCUGUUGGAGGGGUAUACUGGAUCUUCUGGGUCAAGUUAUUCCCAAAAUGGGGUCACUACCGUUUGGAAAGGCAUGUUGAGCUCCAAGACGAUGGCGUUUCAAGGAGUGUCUUCAGAAAAGUCCCUAGUGAACUGUCGUGA